GGCUGACUUUUGGGAGUUUUGGGGAACUUUUUCCCCUUCUUCAGGUGUGGGGGAAGGGAAUGCCCAAUUCCGAGAGACAUGGGGGCAAGAAGGACGGGAGCGGAGGCGCGUCGGGCACUUCGCAGCCGUCCUCGGGGGGUGGCAGCUCCAACAGCAAGGAGCGUCACCGCCCGGUGUCGAAGCACAAGCGCCACAAGUCCAAGCACUCGAAAGACAUGGGCCUGGUGACCCCCGAGGCGGCGUCCUUGGGGACCAUGAUCAAACCUUUAGUGGAGUACGACGACAUCAGCUCCGACUCCGACACCUUCUCCGACGAUGUGGCCUCGAAGUUGGAGCGGCGGGAAAACGACGAGCGCCGAGGAGCGGAUCGAGGCGACCGCCUGCACAAGCACCGGCACCACCAGCACCGGCGCUCCCGGGACUCGGUGAGAAUCAAGCCGAGCGAGAAGGACAAAAACCAGGAAGUAUCUAAGUCGGCGAAGGAGCGGCUGUUGGGGAGCUCUAAGCGGCCCCCGGAGGGGAGCGAGGACUACGCCAAGGGACCCGGGUGCAAAGGCGGCAGCAAGGAGUCCAGGUCAGCCAAACUGCACAAGGAGAAGGCGCGGAAGGAGCGCGACCUCAAGUCGGCACACAAGGAGCGCAGCAAAAGUCACCGCAAGAGGGAGACCCCUAAAAGUUACAAGACAGUGGCCAGCCCCAAACGCCGGUCGCGCAGCCCCCACCGGAAGUGGUCCGACAGCUCCAAGCAGGAUGACAGCCCCUCGGGAGCCUCGUACGGUCCGGAUUACGACCUCAGCCCGCCGCGCUCGCACGCAUCCAGCACCUACGAGCCGUACCGCCGGAGCCCGGGCAGCGCGUCCCGCAGGCCAUCCGCCAGCCCUCCCUACCGGGAGCCUGCCGCCUAUCAGCCCAGCGCCCGCUCCCCCAGCCCCUACGGCCGUCGGCAGCGCUCCGUCAGCCCCUACGGCCGCCGCCGCUCGUCCAGCUACGAGCGCAGCGGCUCCUACAGCGGCAGGUCGCCCAGCCCGUACGGCCGCCGGCGCUCCAGCAGCCCGUUUCUCAGCAAGCGCUCGCUGAGCCGGAGCCCGGCCCCCAGGAAAUCCAUGAAGUCCAGAAGUAGAAGUCCUGCAUAUUCAAGACACUCAUCUUCUCAUAGUAAAAAGAAGAGAUCCGGGUCACGCAGUCGUCAUUCCAGUAUCUCACCUGUCAGGCUUCCAUUGAAUUCCAGCCUGGGAGCUGAACUCAGUAGAAAAAAGAAGGAAAGAGCAGCUGCUGCUGCAGCAGCAAAAAUGGAUGGGAAAGAAUCCAAGGGUUCACCUAUAAUUUUGCCUAAAAAAGAGAACAGUUCACUUGAGGGGAAGGAUUCAGGCAUAGAGACUAAAAAGUUACCCAGAGGUGUAAAAUUGGAAAAAUCUAAUCUAGAUACUGAACUGGUAAAUAUAGCCCAUUCAAACACAGAGGUCAAAAAUUCUUUAGAUACAGGGAAAGUAAAGUUGGAUGAAAACUCUCAGAAGCAUCCUGUUAAGGAUUUGAAAUCACAGGGAACAAAAGACUCUAAACCUGUAGCAUUGAAGGAGGAGAUUGUUAUUCCAAAGGAAACAGAGUCGUCAGAAAAGGAGACCCUUCCUCCUCUCCCCACAGUUACUUCUCCUCCUCCCCCCUUACCAUCUACUACCCCUCCACCUCAGAUACCUCCUUUGCCACCUUUGCCUCCACUACCAGCUAUUCCACAGCAGCCACCUCUGCCUCCUCCCCAACCACCAUUUAGUCAGGUUCCUGUUUCUAGUACUUCAACUUUACCCCCUUCUCCUCACCCAAGGACAUCUACUCUGUCCUCUCAGGCAAAUUCUCAGCCCCUUGUACAGGUUUCCGUGAAGACUCAAGUAUCUGUAACAGCUGCUAUUCCACACAUGAAAACUUCAACAUUGCCUCCUCUGCCCCUCCCUCCCUUGUUACCUGGAGAUGAUGACAUGGAUAGUCCAAAAGAAAUGCUUUCCUCAAAACCUGCAAGGAAAGAGAAGGAACAGAGGACACGACACUUACUUACAGACCUGCCUCUUCCGCCUGAGCUACCUGGUGGGGAUCCAUCUCCCCCAGACUCUCCAGAGCCAAAGGCAAUUACAGCACCUCAGCAAUCAUAUAAAAAGCGACCAAAAAUUUGUUGUCCUCGAUACGGAGAAAGAAGACAAACAGAAAGUGAUUGGGGGAAACGGUGUGUGGACAAGUUUGACAUUAUUGGGAUUAUUGGAGAAGGAACUUAUGGCCAAGUAUAUAAAGCCAAGGACAAAGACACAGGAGAACUAGUAGCUCUGAAGAAGGUGAGACUAGACAAUGAGAAAGAGGGCUUCCCAAUCACGGCUAUUCGUGAGAUCAAAAUUCUUCGACAGUUAAUCCACCGAAGUGUUGUUAACAUGAAGGAAAUUGUCACAGAUAAACAAGAUGCACUGGAUUUCAAAAAGGACAAAGGUGCCUUUUACCUUGUAUUUGAAUAUAUGGACCAUGACUUAAUGGGACUGCUAGAAUCAGGUUUGGUGCACUUUUCUGAGGACCAUAUCAAGUCAUUCAUGAAACAGCUAAUGGAAGGAUUGGAUUAUUGUCACAAAAAGAAUUUCCUCCAUCGGGAUAUUAAAUGUUCUAACAUUUUGCUGAAUAACAGUGGGCAGAUCAAACUAGCAGAUUUUGGACUUGCUCGGCUCUAUAACUCUGAAGAGAGUCGCCCUUAUACAAACAAAGUCAUUACUCUCUGGUACCGACCUCCAGAACUACUGUUGGGAGAGGAACGUUAUACACCAGCCAUUGAUGUUUGGAGCUGCGGCUGCAUCCUUGGGGAACUGUUCACAAAGAAGCCUAUUUUUCAAGCCAAUUUGGAGCUGGCUCAGCUAGAAUUGAUCAGCCGUCUCUGUGGUAGUCCUUGUCCAGCAGUGUGGCCUGAUGUUAUCAAGCUGCCCUACUUCAAUAACAUGAAACCGAAGAAGCAAUAUAGAAGGCGCCUUCGAGAAGAAUUCUCUUUCAUUCCUUCAGCAGCACUUGAUUUAUUGGACCACAUGCUGACACUUGAUCCUAGCAAGCGUUGCACAGCUGAACAGACCCUGCAAAGUGACUUCCUAAAAGAUGUGGAACUCAGCAAAAUGGCACCUCCAGACCUACCUCACUGGCAGGAUUGCCAUGAGUUGUGGAGUAAGAAACGUCGACGGCAGCGGCAAAGUGGUGUUCCAACAGAAGAGCCACCUCCAUCCAAAGCUUCUAGAAAAGAAACUACCUCAGGGACCACAGCUGAGCCUGUGAAGAACAAUAGUCCGGCACCACCUCAGCCUGCUCCUGUCAAGGUGGAGCCUGGGGCUGGGGAUGCAGUAGGCCUCAGUGACAUCACACAGCAGUUGAAUCAAAGUGAAUUGGCAGUGUUAUUAAACCUGCUACAGAGCCAAACUGAUUUGAGCAUCCCUCAAAUGGCACAGCUGCUUAAUAUCCACUCCAACCCAGAGAUGCAACAGCAGCUGGAAGCACUGAACCAAUCUAUUAGUGCACUGACAGAAGCCACUUCCCAGCAGCAGGAUUCAGAAUCCAUAGCCCCAGAGGAAUCAUUGAAGGAGGUACCCUCUGUACCAGUGGUCCUGCCUUCAGCAGAACAAAUAACUCCUGAAGCUUCAAAUACACCAGCUGACAUGCAGAGUAUGUUGGCAGUUAUCUUGAGUCAGCUGAUGAAAACCCAGGAGCCAGGAGGUAACCUGGAGGAAAACACCAGUGACAAGAAUAGUGGGCCACAGGGGCCCCGAAGAACUCCCACAAUGCCACAGGAGGAGGCAGCAGCAUGUCCUCCUCACAUUCUUCCACCAGAGAAGAGGCCCCCUGAACCCCCUGGACCUCCACCGCCGCCACCUCCACCCCCUCUGGUUGAAGGCGAUCUUUCCAGCGCCCCCCAGGAGUUGAACCCCGCCGUGACAGCCGCCUUGCUGCAACUUUUAUCCCAGCCUGAAGCAGAGCCUCCUGGCCACCUGCCACAUGAGCACCAGGCCUUGAGACCAAUGGAAUACUCCACCCGAUCCCAUCCAAACAGGACUUACGGAAACACUGAUGGGCCUGAAACAGGGUUCAGUGCCACUGACACUGAUGAACGCAGCUCUGGUCCAGCCUUGACAGAAUCUUUGGUCCAGACCCUGGUGAAGAACAGGACCUUCUCAGGCUCUGUGAGCCACCUUGGGGAGUCCAGCAGUUACCAGGGCACAGGGUCAGUGCAGUUCCCGGGGGAUCAGGACCUCCGUUUUGCCAGGGUCCCCUUAACAUUACAUUCAGUGGUUGGGCAACCAUUUCUGAAGUCUGAGGGAAACAGCAACUCUGUGGUACAUGCAGAGACCAAAUUACAAAACUAUGGGGAGCUGGGACCAGGAACCACUGGGACCAGCAGCUCAGGAGCAACCCUUCAGUGGGGUGCCCCAACUCAAUCAUCUGCUUAUGGAAAACUCUACCGGGGGGCUGCAAGAGUCCCACCACGAGGGGGAAGAGGUAGAGGAGUUCCUUACUAACCCAGAGACUUCAGUGUCCUGAUAGAUUCCUUCCCUGUCCAUCUUUCUAUCCAGUCCUUUGAACCUUUAAUGAAAUCAUUUGCCAGAGCGAGGUAAUCGUCUACAUUUGGCUACAGCAAAACUGUUGUUUUCCUUGCUCUCUUGCUAUGAGCAGGCAACUUAAAAUGAUGUUGGCACCAGUUCCUCCUGGAUGGGCAACAGCCAGAACAUUUACUUCAGCUCUACUUAGGAGAUAUGGAGAGAGACAUUCAAUUGAAAAGUUAAUUGUUGCAUUAGCUUAUUGCCUGCAUUUGAGCAGAAAAGAGUAUAGUUUCCAUUUUGAGAUGGCUCAGGAGAGGUUUUUUAAUUUUUUUUUUUUUUGUAUGUAUGUGUGGUUUCUUUCUUUUGAAUUUUAGUUUAGAUUCUUCUCCCUUUAAAGAGGACAGCGUUCACAAAAUCUGAGUUCGUUUUAGUAGGCUUUUGCUAGAAAAACAGUGGCCUGGUUGACGUAAAUGUUUCCUUCCUCUCUACCAUCUCACAUUUUUGCUUAAGUGAGCACUCCCCUUGCCCCUGUUGAGCAUCUUGAACGUAUCUUUUUUCCAAAUAAAUUACUCAUCCUUAAAGCUUUCUCAGUUUUGAAAAUAGUUAUGCCCCUCUUCCUGCAUACAAAGCAGUGUGUUGAAAGUGGCAUUCUUGGGCAGGUAGGUAGACUUUACCCAACCUCUGCUUUUUGUUUACUCCCCUCCCCCUUUUCCCUCUUUCCCCCUACCUUCUGUCCCCUCCUCUUUUUGUGCCCCACCCCUAUUUUCUCCUUAUAUCUUUUUGAGGCAUUUGUUUGGAAAAAAAAAUUUAGUUGAGAUGCCCAAGACCUGGAAUAAGUUUUUUUUUUUUUUUUUUUUUUUUUUUUAAAUAAAGGAAAGGAAAUUCAAACUCCUACAUUGUUCUCUGUAACUCUUCAAUUCUGAAAAAUUUUAAGCCAUGUUCUGAUGGGGAAGUUGAUCUGUAAAUGGACAGCAUAGGACAUUGCUGCUAAGCUGUGAUUAGAAAUUAUACCUCCAUACUUAGAGGGCUAAUAAGAGCAGUAAGCAUAUUGUUUACACAUAUAUUUUUAUGUAUAUUGAAAAAAUCAAACAAUUGCAGUAUGGUCAGAGGAAAAAGAUUCCUAAAAAUACAUGGAAAUGUAACUUAGUUUAGGGUGAUAUUUUACCUUAAAAAAAACUUUAAAGCAGGAUGCCAUGAAGAACAGUAUUGAUAUAUAUUGAUAAUAUAUACAUCUCAGCAUGUUAUAUCCUACCAUUUCUUGUAGGGAUUUUCCUCCUGAGAGAGAUGGUUUUGGUUUUGGUUGUGGUAAAAGGAUGUACAGUAUGACUUCCUGGCAAGAACUUUGCCUUAUCUUAAACAGGAAAUGGAAAAGAGAAAGGCUUUCGUAGUGGAGUAACUUGGGUGGCCUUACAUUUCCGAGAACCAGCAUAUGGAGUGUUUUAAAACAGAUAACAUGUCAUAUAAUUGAUCUGCACAGACAGGCAUUUGUGAAAUGUAGUUAUUAAAAACCCCCUUUUACAAAGAAAGGCAAACAUGCUUCAGCAUCUUUGAGAAUAGCUUUCAAAACUAGUGAAAUUUCAUGUUUCAAUACCAAAUUCUUAAGUUAAAAAUAAAAUAUAUUUAGAAAGAUGUAUUGAUUUAAAAUUUUUUAAAAGGGCAAAAGGAACCCUCUUCAGAUACAUAAAUACUUCCCGGUUACUGAAAUAGAUACCAGUGUGUGUAUUUAUUCUCUGGUUUUGGUCUGGCCUUGCUGUAGGGCCCAACAUUAAUAGUAAGUGAACCUUCUAGGCAUUUGACUUUGGUAGCUUUUUAUACCAGGGUAUCCUGUUAGAUUUACUAGGCACACUGACAUGGUAUCAACAAACUGCAUUAAAAUUCAUCUAUACCUUCAGUUUGUUGACUUACUAGUCCACAGAUGUGGGCCUUUUGUGUUUUAGAAUAUUUGAAUUUGAGGUAUUGAACCCCCUAGUUCCCUAUUUUUGAUUAAAGAAGCUGAGCCGGGAUACUUUUCAAAAGUAUCUCUUCAGUGAAAAAGAAUCGUUUUCCCAUCAAAUAUGAAUAAAAUUCUCUAUUUUCAUUGUAUUUUGGUUAUCAACAGUCAUCGGUAAUUUUUCCCUUCCCCUCUGCCACACUAUAUUUUUAAUUACGCCAAAUAGUCUACGUAAGCAUUCAUUUCCUCAUCCCUGCUCAGGAAGGGGGUGAGUGUAUGUGUGAGUGUGUGUAUGUGUACGUAUGAUCCCAUUUCACCCCCACCCCCAUUUUGGGAAUCUAACCUUUAAAAAUUUUUUAUAAUUUUAACUACUUCUGAAAGCAGAGGGAAAAAAAGCUCUUAAAUAUCCUGGAAUCUGUGUGGAGGAAGAAAAGGUAUUUGGUAACUUUUCAGCUGUUAUCCAUAAACAUUAUGGCAGUAAAAGUUUGACACAAGAGCCAGGCGUGGUAGCACAUGCCUUUAAUCCCAGCAGAGGCAGGUGGAUCUCUGUGAGUUAAAGGCCAGCCUGGUCUACAUAUUGAGUUCCAGGGUAGCUGGAACUACAGGGAGACAGUCUCAAAAAGACCAAAAAAAAAAAAGUUUGAUUUAGUUUCUGCCUGACUGAAGAUCAGAAACCUAAUUCCAGAAAACCACGUACCAUUGGAAGUACUAAGUAUUAAUUUUUUUUUUUAUUUUUGAGCAGAUAAUCUGAUUCUGAUCAUGAAUAGGAGGCAAAACUGGUUUGACCAUGAUCAAUUUUUUUGUGUGUGUAUGGUUUUAAAAGCAAAUUUGCUUGAUGCAAUUUCCUUAGUUUUUCCCUUCAUCUGUCUAUAGGGAUAAGGGUUUGCAAAUGACAUCAGAUCUAUAUGUUUAAUACAGGGCAGUUAGCACAAAUUUAUAUGUAGGACUUUCGUUAGCAUUAUGCAUAAACAUCACCCAACCACUUGUAUGUGUGUGUAUAUAUAAUAUGCUAUUUAGGUAUAGUCUAAAAUGGUUACCAGCAGGUUUUGAGAGAGAAUGUUGCUUCAGAAGUGUCAGUUUCCACCUCAUUUCUCCUUGAUUUAUAGGUUCCUGACACUGUAUUCCUUUCUCUCUCUUGUUUUUAACCCCCAUCGGGUAUACCUUGUCUAUGUACAGAUAUUUUGUAAUAUAUUAAAUUUUUUCUUUCAGUUUAUAAAAAUGGAAAGUGGAGAUUGGAAAAUUAAAUAUUUCCUGUUACUAUA